UUUUGUAUGAUGUCAUCUUCCUCUUCAGCAUCUCAUAGUGAACCCCUCUUCUCUUACGAGACAGUUUGUGCAAUCAAAGAUGACCUCCAGUCCAAACUAGGGGGGAGGAGUCCCUCUUUUGGGAUCAUACUGGGCAGUGGGCUGGGGGGACUGGGUGAACAUAUCGAGGAUGCAGUUAUUGUGGAUUAUGGGGAUGUGAAAUGUUUUCCUAAAUCGACUGUUGUCGGACACAAAGGCAGAUUCAUCUGUGGUGUGUUUGGUGGGAAAACAGUGUUGUGCAUGCAGGGGAGAUUCCACUGCUACGAGGGACACCACCCACAGCUAACUACACUCCCAAUCAGGGUGAUGUCUCUGUUGGGAAUAAAGAGUCUAAUCGUGACCAAUGCGGCGGGGGGCAUGAAUGAACUUUUCUCAGUGGGGGACCUCAUGCUCAUCAAAGACCAUAUCAAUCUAGCCGGAAUGGUGGGUGCUUUGAACCCUCUGAUUGGCCACAAUGAGAGCAGGUAUGGGGGAGAGAGGUUCAUAGCGACUAGUAAAGCAUACGACAAAGAAUAUGGACAACUGUUCAAGGCCGCAGCUGCCAAACUUGGACUCGCAGAUAUCAUCAGAGAUGGCGUGUACACAUUCCUGUCUGGGCCCUGUUUCGAGACCAUAGCUGAAGUGAGGAUGUUGAAGACUAUGGGUGGAGAUGCAGUGGGUAUGUCCACAGUCCCAGAGGUCAUUGUGGGCGUGCACUGUGGCAUGCGUAUUCUUGGCGUGUCUCUUAUCACGAACGAGGCUGUGACGUCAUACGAGUCAGUGGCAGUGGCCAAUCACGAGGAAGUGUUGGAGACAGGUCGCAAGAGGGCGCAAGACAUGGUCAAACUUGUGGAGGAGUUUCUCACACAACUGAAGUGAACAAAAAUUCGAUCACGAUUUAACAUCAAUGUCACAAUGAAGAUAAAUGGCUGGGAGAGAAAAAGUGAAUCGCGGUAAAAUGAAUUGAAGAAAGCCUUGAGUUAAGGAUUCAAUCUCCGACCUCUGACUUGUUUAAGUGAACGAUCCCUUUCAAUUUAACUGUCUAUUUUAUGGAAUUUGGGAGGCGAAAGUAAUUUAUUGCAGCUCAAAAUAGUUGGUCACAAUUUGCGGAAAACUGCACUUGAGCUGAAAUUAAUUUCUCAGUUGAUGAUAUCUCUGUAAACUAUGUGCUAUCGCUGUAUUUGAAGAAUUGAAGAAUUUAUUUUUCAAUCACUAAGCUGUCUACUUAAUGUUGUAAAUUUGUUUUGUAGAUCACAGUUCUAUCUUUGUAAUAAAACUUUUUGUGUCUUUUUGUCA